AUGACAUGCGAAGAAGUUUUGAACCUUAUUUUCCCUUUGCUAGAAGACGUGGACCUUGCUUCGUGCAUGGCAGUGUGCAAACAGUGGAGAGACGUAGCUCGAAAUGAUUACUUAUGGAAAUGCUUGUGUGCUAAGAAGUGGCCUUCAAUGUGCAAAAGGCCCAAUAUUUCUAGGACCUACUACAAACUAUAUAGAAAUUUGUAUGAACGCCCUAAAAGUCGAUGUCUCCUCACUCCUCGACUUUCUUUUGAUGAUUUAGAGUUUUUUAUUGAUAUUUGGAGCAAAAACACAUUACUCUUUUCAAGAAUGGUUUUGGGUGAAGUCCUCCAAGAUGGUUUGAAGAAUCCAACAUCUCGUACAAAUAAUGUGCUUAGUUAUCUACAAGAAGGCCCGGGGUUCAAAAUGACUCUGGCAGUUGAGCCAGGAUUCUCAAUUUCUAUAUCUGAUACCAUGAGUGUAUCCGUGCUCGUGAGAUGCAAGAAUUCCAACAAAGUUGCUCAUAUAGUCAAUAAAUCUAUAUUCGAUUAUUUCGAUAAAAUGUCAUGCCGGGCAUUUUGUUUUGACUAUCUUGAUUUCUCACAUCUCUACCCUUUUGUCUCUGGCAUUCGAGCAUGGGUCUCAUUGCUUUUCUUGGACAAUGAAAAUGACGGUGUCGUUGAUGUUAACGGGAUAGUAAUGGAUUUUUGUGAUGUUGCAAAGACAAAAGAUGAGGUAUUAUGUCUCUUGUACUUGCUCAAUUGGAAUUAA